UCGUCUGAGUGCGCAGGCGCACAACGGUACAGCCAUAGACUUGAGGUGAUCGCAAUAAAAAAUAAAAAACUCCAUGGUGUAGUGAUUUGAAACAGUGGAUUUGUUUUAUAACUGUGUUUAUUUUAGUUUGUUUUUUCAGACCCUGAUGAUGAAACACUAAACAUGGGGAUAUUCACCGUCGCCGCAACAGCCGCCAAGGCAGCGCUGACCAUCGGCGGCCUCAGCAAACUCACCUUCAUCCCCAUCAUGCUUGCUACCAUGGCGUACUUCAACUACGAGCUCCUAGACCCUGAACAGAGGCCGUUCAACCAGAAAUACCUUAGGGACACAUACGAUUUUAUCAUAGUUGGAGGUGGAUCCGCGGGAUCAGUGCUUGCUAAUCGGCUUUCCGAAAUCGAGGGCUGGAAUGUGUUGCUGUUGGAAGCAGGCGGUCACGAGACCGACAUAAGCGAUGUUCCGCUGCUCUCCUUGUACUUACAUAAGAGCAAACUCGACUGGAAGUAUCGAACGGAACCUCAAGACACCGCUUGCCAGGCCAUGAUAGACAAGCGAUGCAGCUGGACUAAGGGCAAAGUCCUGGGCGGGUCCUCAGUCCUCAACACCAUGUUGUACAUUAGAGGGAACAAACGCGAUUUCGAUCACUGGGAGUCUCUGGGGAACCCUGGGUGGGGUUACGAGGACGUUCUCCCAUACUUCAAAAAGUCCGAAGACCAACGGAACCCGUACUUAGCCAGAGAUAAAAGACAUCAUAGUACAGGCGGAUACCUGACGGUACAAGACUCUCCAUACAACACGCCAAUCGGAGCUGCGUUUCUUCAAGCGGGUGAAGAAAUGGGAUACGACAUCAUCGACGUCAACGGGGCGCAGCAAACCGGCUAUGCGUGGUACCAGUUCACCAUCAGAAGAGGAACUAGAUGCUCCACAGCAAAAGCCUUCUUGAGACCUGUCAGAUUACGUCAAAAUUUACACGUCGCCCUCUUUUCGCACGUCACUAAAGUUUUAAUAGAUAAAGACGCGAAGAGAGCUUACGGAGUAGAAUUUCUCAGAGACGGUGAAAAGCAAGUUGUUUAUGCGAAACGAGAAGUUAUCCUAGCGGCUGGGGCUAUUGCUUCUCCGCAACUGUUGUUACUGUCUGGGGUCGGGCCGGCGGAACAUCUGAAGGAAGUGGAAAUCGAUGUGAUCCAUGAUUCUCCGGGCGUUGGGAGAAACCUACAAGAUCACAUUGCCGUGGGAGGCAUUAUAUUCCAAAUCGAUUAUCCAGUCAGUUUGGUAAUGAACCGUUUGGUGAAUAUCAAUUCGGCUUUACGUUACGCCAUCACCGAAGACGGGCCGUUAACUUCAAGCAUUGGCCUUGAAGUGGUUGCUUUUAUUAACACAAAAUACGCAAACGCAUCUGAUGAUUGGCCCGACAUGGAAUUCAUGAUGACGUCAGCCUCAACACCUUCAGACGGCGGUACUCAAGUAAAGAAGGCGCACAGUCUCACUGACGAAUUUUAUGACGAAGUGUUUGGAGAGGUAAACAACAAGGAUGUGUUUGGUAUAUUCCCUAUGAUGUUACGACCUAAGAGCAGAGGUUUUAUAAAGUUGCGAACGAAGAAUCCUCUAGACUACCCUAUUAUGAUUCACAAUUAUUUAACACAUCCUGAUGAUGUAGGGGUUCUUAGAGAAGGUGUCAAAGCCGCUAUAGCUGUGGGAGAAACGACAGCCAUGAAAAGAUUCGGGGCGCGGUUCCACAGUAAGCCUGUGCCGAACUGCAAACACUUACCUCUCUACACAGACGAAUACUGGGAUUGUUACAUCCGUCAAUACACAAUGACCAUUUACCAUCUUUCGUGUACAGCGAAAAUGGGACCAGUUAGCGACCCCAUGGCUGUUGUAGAUCCAAAAUUAAGGGUAUAUGGUGUUGAAGGUCUUCGAGUGAUUGACGCGAGCAUUAUGCCCACGAUUACAAAUGGAAACAUAAAUGCUCCUGUAAUAAUGAUAGGGGAGAAGGGUGCAGACCUUAUCAAGGAGUACUGGCUUUCAAAGCCCGGGAAGAAAAGAAGACGAAGGAACUCGAAUUGCUCAAGAUUACAACAAAUAGGAGUCGAAAGUAAUAAAACUAGAUUAUGUAGUAAGGGAAGUUGAUAGUUAAAAUUUUAGUAGAUUCAUAAUUUUGUACAUUAAAUGGGAGAUACCAAAAGUGUUCAUUUGUCAAUGUAUUGUCAAUAUGGUGUGGAUAUAUUGUGAAGUUACCUUUACCAAUUCUAGUCUACAGGUGUAACCAUAAUAACAAUACGUGUUUAAUGUAAGAAAAUGAUAAUUAUGAUUUAUUAAUAAUACAAACUGCUCGGUGGCGUAGUGAUAUUACGGUACGACUGCAGUGGUAAGGUCUCGCGUUUGAUUCCCGUGUCAGACGUAGUAAUAUUGGAUUUUUCUACUUGGUAUCAGCCUGGAAUGUGGAAUUUAUGCGCGAUGUGGCGAUAGACUCGCCUAUUAUCACGUCAUGGGACAGAACGAGCGCCGGAAAAUGGGUGUACUAGUUGCGCAUCUACCUUCCCCUUCGGGUAUCAAAGCAGUCUGAGUGUGUCUGUGUGUACUGUGUGUGUACAUAUUUUAAGUUCAAUUUUAUAAUGUAUAAUUUAAAUGACAGAUAUUCAUAGUUAUGUACAUUCUGUAAAUAAAUAUUAUUGUUUA